CAACAGCCAGCUACGGAUCCCCUUCCUGUUGAGGGUUUUUCCAUCCGGGUCACUCGGACCCUGACCGGCGGCUGCCGCCGCGCAGGAAACCCCUGGCUGUCGGAGGCUGCAGGCCCCUUCCCUGCGGGGCUGAGCGCGGGUAACUGUCAGCACCCACAGGGCCAAGGAUGAAAACAGAAGCUAAGGAUGGAGAAGAAGAAAGUCUUCAGACAGCUUUCAAAAAGUUAAGAGUUGAUGCAGCAGGGUCCACUGCUUCUCUUCCUGUAAGUGAGAGUACAAGUCCAAGAGCGCUGGUUAGAACAGAUGAAACCAAACCUAAGAAUGUGUGCACAUCUAAAGAAGCCUGGCAUGGGUCUAUGAGGAAACCUUCAAGAGGAACAAUGAGAACCCAGCGUCGCAGGCGUUCUAAGUCUCCAAUCCUUCACCCUCCCAAGUUUAUCCACUGCAGUUCAAAGACACCUUCCGCAUGCACCCAUAUGGUACGCAAGAGUCAGACUGAUGCACCGGACAGCAGCACCAGCUCAGAGGUGCCAGUCCCGAAGGAAUUCUGUGCAAAUGAACAAUCCAGUCUUGCCCUUGAUGGUGCUGGCCACAAGGGAGUCGAUGCUGAUCAUUCAGGGGCUUCUGUUGCAGAGCCAGUGCCAGACAGCAAACAGGAUAACUCUUCUGUUGCUGUUUCUCUGAUGUCCAAAGCAAGUCUAAAGGCCACAGAUCUUUCUGACUUCCAGUCAGUGUCCAAACAAAACAAGAGUAAGCCAUGUGCAUGCAUGGACAAAGCCUGUCAGUGUAAGCGAUGGCAAAACAUGGAAGUGUACAAAUUCUCCGGCUUGCAGAACACCAUCCCAUUGGCACCUGAAAGAAAUGUUUCUGAAGAACAAUCCCAGUCUUUGCCAUCAAGAACUCCCUCAAGUUCUCCACGAACUUGCUCUGAGCAAGCAAGGGCCUAUGUGGAUGAUGUGACUAUUGAAGACCUUUCAGGAUACAUGGAAUAUUACUUGUAUAUUCCCAAGAAAAUGUCUCACAUGGCAGAAAUGAUGUACACCUGACAUCAAUGGGCUUUAGAGAAAGGGUUUGAUUGAAAUCUGCCCUCAGUCACACUCCACAUAGGAAGGUACCCACUCCCUGCUCAUCAUGCUUGCAAUAAAAGCACUUCCUUGCA